ACAAAGUUAUCUUCUAAAGAAGAAAGGUUAAACUCCAAAGAUCUAGCCAAAAAACCUGCCGAAAAAUAAUACAUUUACAUUUAGUGAUUUAGCAGAUGCUUUUAUCCAAAGCGACUUACAAAUGAGGUAAACAAUAGAAGCAAUUGGAACAACAUAGGACAACAAAAAGCAUAAGUGCAGUAAAAACAGGUCUCGUAUAGCCUACCACAAAGCCAAUGGUUUUUUUAAGGAUAUAGGAGUAGAAUAAUAGAGUAAUAGGCCUACAAAUCAAUUGGUGUCCAAAUAUCAUUAUGAACCAUCAGCAGCUGUUUACUAUUAAACCCCAUUACAAAAUGCCUGUGUGUUUUGGCCACAAUAUUCAAUGUUCUACUUUAUUGGUUCCCAUCCGCCAACGUCCCACCAAUAGAAGCCAACACAUUAGAGACCAUUAUAGUUCCAUUAAAACCAAUAAAAUGUCCACUAAAUCCAUUAGAAUUUCUGUGACGGUUACCAAUUGUUUGUUUCAACAGGGUUGGUUUUGAAAUGUCAGCGCAAACUCAUAGUCUUGACAUCAUCACGCUGUAGUGUGUGGAUGAUGGGUGUUGAGUCUGCAUAGGAUGCGCUGUUGUCAGGGAGAAGUGCAAGUCACCUUCACGCGGUUGGCUCACGAGCCCGUAUCUAACGCAGACGAUCACACAACUACACCAACCACGGACGGCGGUUCCGAAACCAGUUUUACAACGCCUGGCCGCGAAAUUAACAGUCCAGCCGGGAGGGACGGAGCGCGGCUGUUAUUUAUCGCCAUCGUUGGCGUGAAUGAGAAUUUGCAGAAACGCUGAGAUGAUGACAAAGCCGAUGAUGGGUUUAUCGCUGCGGUGAAAGCGGGCGCUAAAAAGAUUUAAUGCGCCUCUGAAUGCAUUAACCCCGUCACCGGCGGGCGUACGCACGACAAGAUAUCUCGGCGUCUCCUGCUCGGACCGGAACGCCGUUACACCGGCUCCUGUGAGGUUUCCCUGGACUGUUUACCCCAGCCAUGGCUCUGGUGACUCUUCAGCGCUCACCGACACCCAGCGCCGCAUCAUCAGCCAGCACGAACGCGGGGGAGGAUUUGGGCAGUGAGGAUGAUCGAAAGGCAAAUUUAAGCUUAAGUGAAAGUUUCUUCAUGGUAAAAGGGGCAGCACUGUUUUUACAGCAGGGCAGCAGUACACAAGGGCCCAGAUCACCAACCCAUCACAAAAAUGCUGGUGAUCUACCACAGCAUCUACAAGCAAUGAUAAACACCCUUCGUUCUGAGGACAGAAUUCGACUGGUUGUUAGGUUAGAAAGUGGGUGGACGGACCAUGUGCGGUACAUGGUGGUUGUCUAUACAAAUGGCCGUCAAGACACUGAAGAGAACAUAUUGCUUGGGAUGGAUUUCACAGAUAAGGACAGUAAAAGUUGCUCUAUUGGAAUGACUCUUCCACUCUGGAGUGAUACCAAGAUCCACUUGGAUGGAGAUGGAGGUUUCAGUGUGAGCACCGCAGGAAGACUGCAUGUGUUUAAACCUGUGUCAGUCCAGGCCAUGUGGUCUGCACUUCAGGUUCUGCACAAAGCAUGUGAGGUGUCCCGCAGAUACAACUAUUUCCCAGAGGGAAUGGCCCUUACCUGGGUGGGCUAUUACGAGAGCUGCAUCUCCUCAGAUCAGAGCUGUAUCAAUGAGUGGAAUGCUAUGGAAGAUCUGGAGACCACGAGGCCUGAUUCGCCAGUCAUGUUCUCUGAUCAGCCAACUGAGAGAGAAAGAACAGAGUGUAUGAUCAAAGCCAAACUCCGAAACAUAAUGAUGUUUCAGGACCUGGAAAAUAUUACUUCCAAAGAGAUCCGAAAUGAGCUGGAGCAACAUAUGAGCUGCAACCUCAGGGAGUAUAAAGAGUUUAUUGACAAUGAGAUGCUUCUUAUUCUGGGCCAGAUGGACAAGGCUACACUCAUAUUCGACCAUCUGUACCUGGGUUCAGAAUGGAACGCAUCCAAUUUGGAGGAGCUCCAUGACUCCGGGGUUGGGUAUAUCCUUAAUGUCACAAGAGAGAUUGACAACUUUUUCCCAGGUACCUUUUGUUAUCAUAACAUCCGCGUUUAUGACGACGAGACCACGGAUCUGCUGGCGCACUGGAACGAAACCUACAACUUCAUAGUUAAAGCCAAGAAAAACAACUCUAAAUGCCUCGUACACUGCAAGAUGGGAGUGAGUCGGUCAGCAUCCACUGUUAUUGCAUAUGCCAUGAAGGAGAACGGAUGGUCGCUUGAGAAGGCUUACAAUUUCGUCAAACAGAAGAGGAGUAUAGCACAACCAAAUCCAGCUUUUAUGAAACAAUUGGCUGAAUACGAGGGGAUUUUAGAUGCAAGCAAUCAGCGACACAACAAACUUUGGAAACCGGAGGGUGACGAGUAUUCAUUGGAGGGCCUCCAGGCUUCAGGUGGCAGUGGCGACCAGACUCCUCAAUUUUCGUCACUGUGCCCUGAUCAGGAGGACGCCGCUUGGUGUCACGGAGGAGCGAGUGCCUCACCCUGCUGUGGAGACGAGCCGACAGACCAUCUCAAUUACAACUACUACUUCCGCCGGCUCUCGGACACUGCUCUGGACAGCGAGCCCUCUACGCCAGUCCGAGGUCCUCCGCUUUUAGGAAUGGAACGGGUCUUUAUUGAAAUCGAGGAUGUCGAGAGGGAUGCGUUGUUGGAUGACGAAGGCUUCCCCUUGGCCCACCUGGCCCUUCCCGGGGAGUGCACAGCAGCUCAGACCUGCAGCCGCCUGGAGCCUCUGGAGGACAUGCGCUUGCGGCUGGAGUUUAGCACGGUGGAGGAGGAAGACGAGGAGGAAGCACAAAAGGAGGAAGCGGAGAUGGCAGCCUUAGCUCGUGGUGAGGAGACGCCGAGGGAAGACGAUGGCCUGGCUAACUUGAACCGCUUUAACAACGAGAACGCCAACAACAGCAACAGGCUGGCUGGGAAACGCAGCUGCCCUUCUGGCUUUGACGACAGUGCUAGCAUUGGAAACCCCUUCAAAGUGAAGCCCUCAUAUCAGUCGUGCCGAGACUGCCUGCGCCUGCCUGGCGGCCGCCGCUGUGAACGUCGCACCCAUCGCCUUAACCUGCCACGUCACGCUGGCCUGCCCAGUAUCUCCAUCCAGGCCCCUGGAGGAAAGCUAUUCCGUACCGCCUCCAUCAAUAAGGUGCCUGCCCCUCGGCAUCACGUGUGCAGCAGGCACUGCCAGUGUACUCGUUGCUCCAACUGGGCCAGAGCUUCUGCGGUGGUGAGCUUGAAAACUUACCGUAAGCAACUGCCUUUGCCUAUGAGCAACAAAGACCUUCCUCAGGAUUUGCGUUGUUCCUUGGAGACCGAGGACAUGGAAAGGCAAAAAAUGGAAGAGACUGGGAGCAAGGGCUGCAACAGCCCUACUGCAGAGCUUACCCUUCUAAGUCUCAGUCUGGGCGCUGAGAGGCCUACGGCGGAGCUCACAGAGACACCGAUCCUUCUGCAGACAUCCACGCUGGUGCACCACAGACUGGAGCAACUGUCUGGGCCUAUGUCAGAACAGAUGGACUUAAGUGUACAGGACACUGCCGCAGAGGACAUGGAAGUAGAUGAGGGUACCGUCCCCGACAUGUACUCUGCUCAGCGCUGUGGAUCUAGUGAACUACAGCAGACUUUCACACCACGCUCCUCCCCGCAGAGUUUGGCCCUGACGCGGAGCUCCAGCAGCGACAGUCUACAGAGCAUACAGGAAGGGCAGCCGGGCUUGGUACGUCAGCGAGCCCAAGAGAUCGAGACCCGUGUGCGGCUCGCUGGGCUCACUGUGCCCUCUCAACUCAAAAGGUCUAACUCACUGGCUAAGCUAGAUGAUUUGGCCAUCUCCACAGAGGACCUCUGUGCCACAGUCGCCGUUGACAAUGAGCGAGAUUGCGGGCAACCCUCUUGCUCUCCCAUGCUCUCGCUGUCUCCAAGUGUAUUGCAGAGCUUGAAAAGCUGACUUCUCAAAGAUGUCAGAACCGCUUUCUCAGUGAAUGGUGCCGUGACACACUGGAAAAGCCUUAAAGCCAUUGAGAGCUACGAUGGAGGCCCAUGCUGCAAGACGACUCAUGAGAACAAUCAGGCCAGGGUUGGACCUUCUUCCAGAAGCCCUUUACAUAACUGCACUGCAUUUCUCAUGUGUCUGUCUGUGCUUUGACUAAGAUGUAUAUUAAAGAAGCAUGAUCAGGCUUGGACCUUCGUUCACGGCUUUGUUAAUAAUGCUUUGCUUUGUCUUGCUAAAGCGAGGGAAGGUUUUAAUAGACAGAUUACCCAUCUGUUAAUGACGUAAUCCACACCUAACAACAUCUUUAUUUUCCUAACACCUCUAAUCAAUUUGUGUUGGGUUGUUUGUUCAGAUAUGUGUUUGAUCUCCAUGAUUUACAUUUGUCCAAUUUAAAGGGAUAGUUCAUCCAAAAAAUGAAAAUUGUGUCAUCAUUUUUGUUGAUAUUUUUGUUGACACUAUUGACUACGACUAAGAAAAAAAUUCUACUUUGGUAUGGUGCCCCAGAACUGUUUAGUUAACCACUUUUUUUAUAUCUUUUUUGUGUUAUACAAAUUUAUACAGAUGUGGAAUGACUUAAGCGUGAGUAAAUGAUGACAAAAUGUUAAUUUUGGGGUGAAUGAAUCCUUAAAUAUUUUUUGUCACUUAGGUUGGAAUAUCAAAGAUGUCAAUAAGUAUACAUUUGACUGCCCAGUUUAUUUGCCAGUAACUUUUAGCUUAUUGUUUUAGAACCAAUUAGAAAAGAAGUAGAAAAAUGUGAUAGAAAAAGAAACAAUUUUAGCUGAUUCAGAUAAGGGUGCACUACACUUUCAGAAAGAAGGUACAAAAGUUGUCACUGGGAUGGUACCCUUUAAAAGUUCCUAAUAUUUACCAUUUAGAUACAGAUGUUUAAAUAUAUAUAUAUUUGGUACCAAUAUUGAGGUACUAAUAUACACUCUUCAGGUGUAAAAGUGUACUUUUUUUAAAGGCACCACCCCAAGGACAGCUUUUGUAACUUUUCUGGGAGUCUGGGACACGUUUCAAUAAAGACCAGUUAAUCCUUAUGUUGUUACCAACAAUGAUCCUUAAAGAGUUUGAUGAUCCUUAACAAAAUUAAAAUUCCAUUUCCUGCAGUGUGUAAUGUUGCUGUGUGUGAAUGUAAGCAGUAUGCCAAGUUGUAAAGCCGAAAGUGAACGAAUAAGUUAUUGGCCUGGGAAAAAAUGAGUCGACUCUGAAUCACAGGAACAAGUCGUCUGUCGUUCUAAUUUCAGUUCCGGGUCGGAUUGGCGUCACUCCAUUGAAUGCCUGCCUAUGUUCCAUUUGCGACAUUGCACGCGGUAGAAUACCAAUUUAGCUAUUAAAAUUGUUAAUAAUUUUAAAAAUGUGCAAAAGAUUAUCAACUAAGCCGCAUAAUUAUUGAGUAUCUCCAGUCAAAAAUGCAAAAUUAAUGUGUUUGGUUAUUUGUCUUAGAACUCUCUAUUUUGCUUCCGUUCUGGUGUUUAUGAAAACAAGAUCUGAAAUACUAUUAGCACAUAGCACUUGUAAUGUAAAGAAACUUAAGCUGUUUAUUGUACAAAUUGCAACCUGUGAAAAGGCUUUAGCAGCAACACAUUAGUUCGACAGUCAUCUAGUUGACCAGAGGAUGUUAAAAUAUGUCACUAAAAUCAUUUAAAAGUGUCUGCAAAGUUGCUAUAAAAAAUAACAUCAAGGUUACUCAUAAUGCUGUAUAUUCAGUGUUUACAAGCCCAAGCAGUGUUAUCUUAUAUUAUUGGGGGCGUAGAGAUUUAUCAGAGCUUAUCGAUUUAUUAGCAUAAAUUGUAUUAUUUGUGUCCUGGAAGAUACAGUUUUGAUUCAUGUUUAAUUAUUCAUUGAGCCUUUUUAUGAGUUUUAUAGUAUGUGUAUGUCUGUUUGUUAUUGAACUGUAUUGUCUACCAAGGUUUUAUUUAUUUUUUUAUUUGAAAGAUUUACAAUAUGCAAAGUGGCCUGUGCAAUAAGUAUAAGUGAGAAUCAUUUUUAUUUUACUGAAUAAUGUGAAAAGUAGCUUUUCAUUCUCAUUGAGAAAGAAAUGAGAGGUGAAAGAGAAGCACCUUGAGAAAAAUGUGAGUGAAACUUUUUUUGGGGGGGUUAGGCCCUCCUAAUGAUAUUUAGUUUAAAAGUAAUAAUACCUAUUUUAAAUUGCUAAUGUGAAAUUGGCCUUUUGGUAUUGUCUUUUUUAUUUCUUUUUUCCAUUAUUUUAAAUAUUAACAAUAUUCUUUUCGCCAAGAAAGAUAGCCGCAAAGUAAGUAAAGUUGAUGUUCUGCUUUUUGCUCAUGGCUAGUCGUACCUCGUCCCAGCUACUGCUGCUGAUUUGAGUUCUAGAUAUUGUUUUGUUUAAACAUGCAAGUGCCUUAACUGUUGCCAUUUGCAAUCAGUUGUCUAAUGAUUUUUUGUAAAACUGAUCGUUUUUUCUUCACCGGGCUAUGGUCUGGUCUCUAAAGAUAAUUUUAAACAAAUGAAUAUUUGUCUUUUCGUUUUGAUACUACAUUUCCUAUUUUAAUAGAGGAGACCAAAGUCAUUUAUUUGUUUUCAUCUUUUGACAUGUUUGAACACACUAAGCUGACAAUAACAUCAACUGGAAGAUUGUCAUUAGCCCUGCCUAAACAGCUUUUAAGUGACCUGGAACAUACAUUCUUUAUAUACUGCACUUCAUUUGGACCAUUUUAAGUUCCGCUGCACUUUGUUUUUGUAAUAAUGUACUGUACAGUUAAGUAUAGAAAUAAAUUGUUUAUUGUC